AUGGACACGGCCUCCUCGUCCUCUUCCGAGCCCCGCCUCCGCAACUCGUGCGAGUCGUGUAGGCGGUCUCUUGGAGAAACCGGGAGAAGCGUGCGCGUGCUAACUGAACUCUGCGGCUUGAGCUCGGGCUCCAAGGAACGCGUGAGACGACUGGAGACGCAAGUCGGCCAGAUCUACGAGAUCCUGCAAAGUUUGACCGAGAACCGCAUGAGAGGAUCGACGGCAUCGCCUCUUGCGCCUGUCCCGAACCGUGAUGACGAAGCGAGUCUAGGCAAUGGCGACGAUGCAGCAGUCCACAACGACGCUUCGGAACCCCAGGGCUCAUUCUUCGACCCAACAGCGUCGCCCGAGCCUCCGCCGGACGCGCUGGAGCACCUGAUCCGAGUCUACCGGAAAGACAUCGCCUUCAAGCCGUUGCCGCUCUUCGGCCGCUCCACACUCCGGAGCCGGCUCUCGUCACCGACGCCCCGUUUUCUCCGCCGGAGUUUCCUCGCGUUGACGUUGAGGUUCGGCACCCAUCCCUUCUUUCGGGGGAAGGAGGGCGAGUGCGCCGACUUUUACGCCGCUUCGGCCUACGCCGACCUCAUGCCCCUGGCCCUCGAGGGGGUCGCCACGGUCGAGGUGGUGCAGUCUCUGUGCUUGCUGGCGCUGCAGGAUCUGAAAGUCUGCAAGCCCGCGAGAGCGUGGGGUACAAUCGGUAUGGCAGCCCGGCUCGAAGUCUCACGCGGCUGGAACCGGCGUGAGCUCGGUCAGGCAGCACAGGACGAUUCCGAGGACGACGAAAGUAGCCGGUGCUUCUGGAGCGUGUACAUCUUGGAAAAGGCCUUCUCCGCGCAGUGCUCAGUCCUGGACCGCUGCGUCGUUCAGCCCAGGUAUCCCGACAGUGCUUCCCUGAGCCUCCAGCCGCCGCCGUCGACGCCGCCGCCGACGAGCACGGAGGGGCAGGCCGGCCGGUUCGACGGCAUCAACUCGUCGUUCCUCCGGGUCAUCUCCAUCUGGGGCGACGUGACGUCCUACAACCACGGCGUCCGCUGCAGCCGACGCGAGCGGCCCUGGCUCCCGACGUCCAGGUACACGGAGCUGACCCAGAAGAUGUACGAGUUCGAGGACCAGACCGCCCUCAAGCACCUCCUCAAGAACGCGGCCUUCACGGACCGCACGCCGGCCGACGUCUCCGAGAACCUCGAGUACUGGCGGCCGUGGGUCCUCAUGCAGAUCACCCACCACGCCACGUCGGCCGUCCUGAACCACCCCUUCAUCCACAUCAGCGGGCUCGGGGAGGCGAGCCGCCGGCAGCCGCCGAGGCUGUUCAUGCAGGGCGUCAUCGACCAGGCGCAGUACCACGCCCAGUGGGUCGGCCGGCUCGUCCAGAUGUGCGAGGCCGUGCAGUUCGACAUCCUCGACCCGUUGCUGGGGACGCUGGUGGCCGCCACGGCCACGGUGGCGUGGGUGUUCCGGUUCGCCCCGGACAGCUCGGCGGCGUCAAAAUCAGUGGCUUGCUUCGACAUCUGCGAGGGCUUUGUGAGGAAGGUCGCGGCAUCGUGGCCGCAUAUCGGACAGAAGGUCAAGCUCCUCGAAUCCCUCCGAGGCGUUUCGGGUCAGACACGCGGCGACGGCGACUCGGUCAUCACCUUCCGGCCCUCGAAGCUGUGGGAGCUGCUCGACAACAGCAUCAUCGUCCCGAAGCCCUCACCUCACUCGAACAUCACCUCGAGCGAAAGUAACAGCAGGCGCGAGAGCCCGUUGCCCGAUGCCACGCUGAGCGUGACGACGCACAUCCUGCACCCCGUAGACGAGGACGCCGAAGCUGCGGCGCAGAGUCAGCCCGUCUCGCCCGCUACAACUGAUAAUAAUGGCACAGACUCCGCCGCGCAGGCGAGACCUGGUGAUGAACUGUGUUUCGACGAUUUCUUCUCGCAAUACCUGCCCACGGAGAUGAACUGCGCGCCGGAGGCUGUUCAGGUGCCGAUGGCAUGGCAGAAUCUGAGAGAUUAG